UCAUGUCUGAGUACUGGUAUUGGAGGUUGAUCCCGUGCAAAGAAACUGGAAGCUGUAACUGUUUCACAACAGCCAACCAGUCUGAUGAAGCGAAAGAAGAAGAUACAAACCACCAGGUUGUGGUGUCAGACGUCAUGCAGCUUGUGCAAGAUAAGCAGGAGGUGCCAGAAAGCACAGCAGAUGAAAUCAUGCAUCAGGAUAUCAUUCCCCUCUAUGCUGCAGAUAUUCAGGACCAGUUAAAGAAACAGUUUGCUUACCUGUCAGGUGGAAGAGGGGGAGAUGGGUGCCCUGUCAUCACCUUUCCAGAGUAUCCGGCUUUCAGCGAGAUCCCCGAGAAGGAGUUCCAGAAUGUCCUGACCUACCUGACAAGUAUCCCAAGUUUACAAGAUGCUGGAAUUGGAUUUAUUCUUGUCAUAGAUCGCAGACAGGACAAAUGGACCUCUGUGAAAGCUUCCAUACUGCGGAUAGCAGCAUCUUUCCCAGGAAACCUGCAACUAGUCCUCGUUCUGCGCCCAACGGGAUUCUUUCAUCGAGCUCUCUCAGACAUUGCUUUCAAGUUCAACAAAGAUGAGUUUAAAAUGAAAGUACCUAUCAUAAUGCUGGGCUCAGUAUCAGAACUGCAGGGUUACAUUGAUAAAACACAAUUAACAGAAGAUCUUGGUGGCACCCUGGAUUACUGCCAUAACAGAUGGCUGUCCCGUCGCACUGCUAUAGAAGGUUUCGCCCAAAAGGUUAAGCAAACAGCUCAGAUUCUUCAGUCCUUUGGGACUGAGCUGGCUGAAACAGAACUACCAAAUGAUGUGCAAUCAACCAGCUCCCUUCUUGCAACACACACAGAAAAGAAGGACAAAAUAAAGGAGGAUAUCAGGUUAGCAGUAGAACAGGGAGAUGAUAUCCUUGGAAGUAUUACAAAACCAGUUACUGAGAAUCCUGAAUACAAACUGAAUCAAGAUCAGCUAGACAAUCAAACAACGGUAGAAAGGCUUCUGGCUCAAUUACAUGAAACGGAGACUGCAUUUGAUGAGUUUUGGAUUAAGCAUCAGCAAAAACUUGAGCAGUGUCUGCACCUUCGGAAUUUCGAACAGAGUUUCAGAGAGGUCAAAGCAGCUUUGGAUGUUGUGUCCGAGAGACUGUCUGCUUUCACAGAUGUGGGGAACAGCUGUUCACAUGUGGAACACAUUUUGAAAGAUCUUGCCAACUUUGAAGAAAAAUCAUGUGAAACUAUAGCAAAAGCCAGAAUGCUAGCUUCGGAGGGUGAUGCUUUUAUUCAAAGCAAUCAUUAUGCCAUGGACUCCAUUAUUCCAAAAUGCAGUGAACUUCAUCAUCUGUGUGAUGCCUUCACCACUGAGACAGAACGGAGGAGGAAUCUUCUUAACAAAUCUCUAGAACUGCAUGGCUUGCUAGAAAAGUCUAUGAAGUGGUGCGAUGAAGGAAUUUAUCUGCUGGCUUCGCAGCCAGUAGACAAGUGUCAGUCUCAAGAUGGUGCAGAAUCGGCAUUACAGGAGAUCGAGAAAUUCCUGGACACUGGUGCAGGCAAUAAAAUCAAAGAGUUGAAUAAAAUUUACAGAGAGUAUGCACACAUCCUCAAUGAGGACCUAAAGGAGCAUGUGCAAAGGGUUUUCCAGAAGCAAGAAAGUAUGGAAGAAAUGUUUCAGAAGAGACAAGUAAGUCUUAAGAAACUGGCAGCUAAGCAGACACGUCCUGUUCAGCCAGUUGCACCAAGACCUGAAGCCUUUGUAAAAUCUCCUUGUACCUCUCCAGUUCUUCAAAGAGGAUACAGUGCGCUUCGGAGGGUAAACUACAGAAGAGGAAAGAGUGAAAUGACUGAACUCCAUCAAAGCAGAGGAUCUACAAUGGAUGAUGAAGAAAACCUGGCUGUGUUACGGCAGCAUGUGAUUAAUGAACUGAUUGAGACUGAGCGAGCAUAUGUGGAAGAACUUCUCUGUGUUCUUGAGGGGUAUGCUGCAGAGAUGGACAACCCCUUAAUGGCUCAUCUCAUUUCACCAGAACUCCAAAAUAAGAAGGAUAUCUUAUUUGGGAAUAUGGAAGAAAUUUAUCACUUUCACAACAGAAUAUUCUUGAGAGAACUAGAAAACUACAUAGAAUACCCAGAACUAGUAGGACGCUGCUUUCUGGAUCAGAUGGAAGAUUUCCAGAUCUAUGAAAAAUACUGUCAAAAUAAACCUCGAUCUGAAAGUUUGUGGAGGCAGUUUUCAGAUUCUGUAUUCUUUCAGGAAUGUCAAAGAAAACUCGAUCACAAGCUCAGUCUGGACUCGUACUUGCUGAAACCCGUUCAAAGAAUAACUAAAUACCAAUUGUUGUUAAAGGAAAUGCUGAAGUACAGUAAGAACUGUGAAGGUGCUGAAGAUCUUCAGGAGGCAUUAACUUCUAUACUGGGUAUUCUCAAAGCAGUUAAUGAUUCUAUGCACCAAAUAGCCAUUACAGGAUAUGAUGGAAACCUGAAUGAGCUGGGAAAGCUUUUAAUGCAGGGAUCUUUCAAUGUCUGGACUGAUCAUAAAAAGGGUCACUCGAAGGUGAAAGAUUUGGCACGCUUCAAGCCAAUGCAGCGACACCUCUUUCUCCACGAGAAAGCAGUGCUGUUCUGUAAAAAGCGAGAAGAAAACGGAGAGGGAUAUGAGAAAGCACCUUCUUACAGCUACAAACACUCUUUGAAUAUGGCGGCAGUAGGAAUAACAGAAAAUGUCAAAGGGGAUGCAAAAAAAUUUGAAAUCUGGUAUAAUGCAAGGGAAGAAGUUUACAUCAUACAGGCACCAACCCCUGAAGUUAAAGCUACUUGGGUAAAUGAAAUAAGAAAAGUGCUGACAAGCCAACUGCAGGCAUGCAGAGAAGCUAGUCAGCACAGGACACUAGAACAAACACAGAGUUUACCUCUACCAGCAUCAUCUUGUGCAAGUCCCUCACGGAACCACAUCAGAAACACCAAAAAAAUGGAGGAGAGAAAAUCUGAUCUCGCAAGUCUAGAAGGCUAUGGCACCACAAUAGCACCGAAGUACCCCGAGAAAGGCAAAGGUUGGGCUAAAACAACUCAUUCUCUUGAUGCAUCUGAAGAAAAUGAUGGCUGGUCUAGUGCUGAAGAUCCGCUGAAUUCUUCGGAUGCAGAGGAAGAAGGAGGAGGGGGAGGCGAGAUGAAGCUGACUCCUGGUAAAUAUACAGUUGUGACUGAUUAUGAGAAAGGAGUUUCUGAAGAAUUUACAGUGAAAAGUGGAGAUCUAGUUCAACUGAUUCGUGAAGGGGAGGAUGGACUUUGGUAUGUAAAGAACCUGAGCACUGGUAGAGAAGGUUGGAUCCCAGCAAACAAUCUGCUGAUGCUCAUCGGCAAUUCAAAAUCAGCUCAAUCUUUAAGCAGCUCUGAAUCGGGCACUGCCUCCAGCACUUUGAGCACGUCAUCAAGCUGCAGUGACAGCUGCAAUGCCAGCAGCACCAGCUUCUCGGACAUUAAGGGCUAA